AUGGCGGACCGGUUUCCCUCUCUCGAUGAAUUUGAUUCGGGUGUGCAAACCGAAGUCAAGGACACAUCAGCAGAACCCUCUGCCGACGAUUUUCUGGCGCGAGAGAAGGCGCUCUUGGGAGAGGACGCAAACCAGUUCGCAACCGUCGAGGAUGGCGGUAUUGAUGACGAUGAUGACCUGCUGGGUGGAGGUGGUGGCAACUCUGGCAAUGCAGAGUUUGAGAGCCAGUUCCCGGACCUAGCGAGCCCAAACUCGGGUCUGGGAGCUAGUGGAACCAUUACUGGCCCAUCAGUCACCUACAACUCAGGCUUUGGUGCAUACACAGAGGAGGAGGAGGAACCCGAGGUGAUCAAGGAGUGGCGGCAGAAGAGGGACGAGCAGAAUGCCAAGCGGGCCGAGCAGUUUGCACAACAGCGCGCCGAGACGAUCAAGGAAGCGCAGCAGAACAUUGAUGAAUUCUACGAGAACUACAACAACAAGAAGGAGAAGACCAUCGCCCAGACCCGCAAGGACGCCGAACAAUUUCUCAAGAACCGCGAGGACACCACGUCGGGUGGCACCAGCUGGGAGCGCAUCUCCAAAAUCGUUGACGUUUCUGGCAAGGGUGCCAAGGGUGGUGCGGCUGGAUCCGGAAAGGAGCGCUUCCGUGAGCUGCUCACGAGCCUGCGAAAGGAUGAGAAGGCACCAGGUGCCGAAGGUUACUAG